AUGGCGGCACAGCAAGCAGCAGUGAUAGCCAGAGAAGCAGCAUUGGGGGAGAGGGAGGAAGGGGUGACGCAGAGGGAGGAGCGAGUGAGGGCGAGGGAGGAGAGAGUGAAGGAGAGGGAGGAGGUGGUGAGGGUGCGGGAGGAGAAGGUGAGGGCGAGAGAGGUGGAGUGGCAGAAGCAGAGAGGUUCAGCUGCCUUGGCUGCUUCUGGUGGCGGGAAAGUGGCUUCACAAGCAAAGGUGGCUGAUCUGUGCCGCAGGGAGAAGCAGCUGCAGGCAAGCCAGGUGAGGGAUGUGCAGCUGCAGGCAAGCCAGGUGAGGGAUGUGCAGCUACAGGCAAACCAGGUGAGGGAUGUGCAGCUGCAGGCAAGCCAGGUGAGGGAUGUGCAGCUGCAGGCAAACCAGGUGAGGGAUGUGCAGCUGCAGGCAAACCAGGUGAGGGAUGUGCAGCUGCAGGCAAACCAGGUGAGGGAUGUGCAGCUGCAGGCAAACCAGGUGAGGGAUGUGCAGCUGCAGGCAAACCAGGUGAGGUAUGUGCAGCUACAGGCAAACCAGGUGAGGGAUGUGCAGCUACAGGCAAACCAGGUGAGGGAUGUGCAGCUGCAGGCAAACCAGGUGAGGGAUGUGCAGCUACAGGCAAACCAGGUGAGGGAUGUGCAGCUACAGGCAAACCAGGUGAGGGAUGUGCAGCUACAGGCAAACCAGGUGAGGGAUGUGCAGCUACAGGCAAACCAGGUGAGGGAUGUGCAGCUACAGGCAAACCAGGUGAGGGAUGUGCAGCUACAGGCAAACCAGGUGAGGGAUGUGCAGCUACAGGCAAACCAGGUGAGGGAUGUGCAGCUACAGGCAAACCAGGUGAGGGAUGUGCAGCUACAGGCAAACCAGGCAAACCAGGUGAGGGAUGUGCAGCUGCAGGCAAACCAGGUGAGGGAUGUGCAGCUACAGGCAAACCAGGUGAGGGAUGUGCAGCUACAGGCAAACCAGGUGAGGGAUGUGCAGCUACAGGCAAACCAGGUGAGGGAUGUGCAGCUACAGGCAAACCAGGUGAGGGAUGUGCAGCUGCAGGCAAACCAGGUGAGGGAUGUGCAGCUACAGGCAAACCAGGUGAGGGAUGUGCAGCUGCAGGCAAACCAGGUGAGGGAUGUGCAGCUACAGGCAAACCAGGUGAGGGAUGUGCAGCUACAGGCAAACCAGGUGAGGGAUGUGCAGCUACAGGCAAACCAGGUGAGGGAUGUGCAGCUACAGGCAAACCAGGUGAGGGAUGUGCAGCUACAGGCAAACCAGGUGAGGGAUGUGCAGCUACAGGCAAUCCAGGUGAGGGAUGUGCAGAUACAGGCAAACCAGGUGAGGGAUGUGCAGCUACAGGCAAACCAGGUGAGGGAUGUGCAGCUACAGGCAAACCAGGUGAGGGAUGUGCAGCUACAGGCAAACCAGGUGAGGGAUGUGCAGCUACAGGCAAACCAGGUGAGGGAUGUGCAGCUACAGGCAAACCAGGUGAGGGAUGUGCAGCUACAGGCAAACCAGGUGAGGGAUGUGCAGCUACAGGCAAACCAGGUGAGGGAUGUGCAGCUACAGGCAAACCAGGUGAGGGAUGUGCAGCUACAGGCAAACCAGGUGAGGGAUGUGCAGCUACAGGCAAACCAGGUGAGGGAUGUGCAGCUACAGGCAAACCAGGUGAGGGAUGUGCAGCUACAGGCAAACCAGGUGAGGGAUGUGCAGCUACAGGCAAACCAGGUGAGGGAUGUGCAGCUACAGACAAACCAGGUGAGGGAUGUGCAGCUACAGGCAAACCAGGUGAGGGAUGUGCAGCUACAGGCAAACCAGGUGAGGGAUGUGCAGCUACAGGCAAACCAGGUGAGGGAUGUGCAGCUACAGGCAAACCAGGUGAGGGAUGUGCAGCUACAGGCAAACCAGGUGAGGGAUGUGCAGCUACAGGCAAACCAGGUGAGGGAUGUGCAGCUACAGGCAAACCAGGUGAGGGAUGUGCAGCUACAGGCAAACCAGGUGAGGGAUGUGCAGCUACAGGCAAACCAGGUGAGGGAUGUGCAGCUACAGGCAAACCAGGUGAGGGAUGUGCAGCUACAGGCAAACCAGGUGAGGGAUGUGCAGCUACAGGCAAACCAGGUGAGGGAUGUGCAGCUACAGGCAAACCAGGUGAGGGAUGUGCAGCUACAGGCAAACCAGGUGAGGGAUGUGCAGCUACAGGCAAACCAGGUGAGGGAUGUGCAGCUACAGGCAAACCAGGUGAGGGAUGUGCAGCUACAGGCAAACCAGGUGAGGGAUGUGCAGCUACAGGCAAACCAGGUGAGGGAUGUGCAGCUACAGGCAAACCAGGUGAGGGAUGUGCAGCUACAGGCAAACCAGGUGAGGGAUGUGCAGCUACAGGCAAACCAGGUGAGGGAUGUGCAGCUACAGGCAAACCAGGUGAGGGAUGUGCAGCUACAGGCAAACCAGGUGAGGGAUGUGCAGCUACAGGCAAACCAGGUGAGGGAUGUGCAGCUACAGGCAAACCAGGUGAGGGAUGUGCAGCUACAGGCAAACCAGGUGAGGGAUGUGCAGCUACAGGCAAACCAGGUGAGGGAUGUGCAGCUACAGGCAAACCAGGUGAGGGAUGUGCAGCUACAGGCAAACCAGGUGAGGGAUGUGCAGCUACAGGCAAACCAGGUGAGGGAUGUGCAGCUACAGGCAAACCAGGUGAGGGAUGUGCAGCUACAGGCAAACCAGGUGAGGGAUGUGCAGCUACAGGCAAACCAGGUGAGGGAUGUGCAGCUACAGGCAAACCAGGUGAGGGAUGUGCAGCUACAGGCAAACCAGGUGAGGGAUGUGCAGCUACAGGCAAACCAGGUGAGGGAUGUGCAGCUACAGGCAAACCAGGUGAGGGAUGUGCAGCUACAGGCAAACCAGGUGAGGGAUGUGCAGCUACAGGCAAACCAGGUGAGGGAUGUGCAGCUACAGGCAAACCAGGUGAGGGAUGUGCAGCUACAGGCAAACCAGGUGAGGGAUGUGCAGCUGCAGGCAAACCAGGUGAGGGAUGUGCAGCUACAGGCAAACCAGGUGAGGGAUGUGCAGCUACAGGCAAACCAGGUGAGGGAUGUGCAGCUACAGGCAAACCAGGUGAGGGAUGUGCAGCUACAGACAAACCAGGUGAGGGAUGUGCAGCUACAGGCAAACCAGGUGAGGGAUGUGCAGCUACAGGCAAACCAGGUGAGGGAUGUGCAGCUACAGGCAAACCAGGUGAGGGAUGUGCAGCUACAGGCAAACCAGGUGAGGGAUGUGCAGCUACAGGCAAACCAGGUGAGGGAUGUGCAGCUACAGGCAAACCAGGUGAGGGAUGUGCAGCUACAGGCAAACCAGGUGAGGGAUGUGCAGCUACAGGCAAACCAGGUGAGGGAUGUGCAGCUACAGGCAAACCAGGUGAGGGAUGUGCAGCUACAGGCAAACCAGGUGAGGGAUGUGCAGCUACAGGCAAACCAGGUGAGGGAUGUGCAGCUACAGGCAAACCAGGUGAGGGAUGUGCAGCUACAGGCAAACCAGGUGAGGGAUGUGCAGCUACAGGCAAACCAGGUGAGGGAUGUGCAGCUACAGGCAAACCAGGUGAGGGAUGUGCAGCUGCAGGCAAACCAGGUGAGGGAUGUGCAGCUACAGGCAAACCAGGUGAGGGAUGUGCAGCUACAGGCAAACCAGGUGAGGGAUGUGCAGCUACAGGCAAACCAGGUGAGGGAUGUGCAGCUACAGGCAAACCAGGUGAGGGAUGUGCAGCUACAGGCAAACCAGGUGAGGGAUGUGCAGCUACAGGCAAUCCAGGUGAGGGAUGUGCAGAUACAGGCAAACCAGGUGAGGGAUGUGCAGCUACAGGCAAACCAGGUGAGGGAUGUGCAGCUACAGGCAAACCAGGUGAGGGAUGUGCAGCUACAGGCAAACCAGGUGAGGGAUGUGCAGCUACAGGCAAACCAGGUGAGGGAUGUGCAGCUACAGGCAAACCAGGUGAGGGAUGUGCAGCUACAGGCAAACCAGGUGAGGGAUGUGCAGCUACAGGCAAACCAGGUGAGGGAUGUGCAGCUACAGGCAAACCAGGUGAGGGAUGUGCAGCUACAGGCAAACCAGGUGAGGGAUGUGCAGCUACAGGCAAACCAGGUGAGGGAUGUGCAGCUACAGGCAAACCAGGUGAGGGAUGUGCAGCUACAGGCAAACCAGGUGAGGGAUGUGCAGCUACAGGCAAACCAGGUGAGGGAUGUGCAGCUACAGACAAACCAGGUGAGGGAUGUGCAGCUACAGGCAAACCAGGUGAGGGAUGUGCAGCUACAGGCAAACCAGGUGAGGGAUGUGCAGCUACAGGCAAACCAGGUGAGGGAUGUGCAGCUACAGGCAAACCAGGUGAGGGAUGUGCAGCUACAGGCAAACCAGGUGAGGGAUGUGCAGCUACAGGCAAACCAGGUGAGGGAUGUGCAGCUACAGGCAAACCAGGUGAGGGAUGUGCAGCUACAGGCAAACCAGGUGAGGGAUGUGCAGCUACAGGCAAACCAGGUGAGGGAUGUGCAGCUACAGGCAAACCAGGUGAGGGAUGUGCAGCUACAGGCAAACCAGGUGAGGGAUGUGCAGCUACAGGCAAACCAGGUGAGGGAUGUGCAGCUACAGGCAAACCAGGUGAGGGAUGUGCAGCUACAGGCAAACCAGGUGAGGGAUGUGCAGCUACAGGCAAACCAGGUGAGGGAUGUGCAGCUACAGGCAAACCAGGUGAGGGAUGUGCAGCUACAGGCAAACCAGGUGAGGGAUGUGCAGCUACAGGCAAACCAGGUGAGGGAUGUGCAGCUACAGGCAAACCAGGUGAGGGAUGUGCAGCUACAGGCAAACCAGGUGAGGGAUGUGCAGCUACAGGCAAACCAGGUGAGGGAUGUGCAGCUACAGGCAAACCAGGUGAGGGAUGUGCAGCUACAGGCAAACCAGGUGAGGGAUGUGCAGCUACAGGCAAACCAGGUGAGGGAUGUGCAGCUACAGGCAAACCAGGUGAGGGAUGUGCAGCUACAGGCAAACCAGGUGAGGGAUGUGCAGCUACAGGCAAACCAGGUGAGGGAUGUGCAGCUACAGGCAAACCAGGUGAGGGAUGUGCAGCUACAGGCAAACCAGGUGAGGGAUGUGCAGCUACAGGCAAACCAGGUGAGGGAUGUGCAGCUACAGGCAAACCAGGUGAGGGAUGUGCAGCUACAGGCAAACCAGGUGAGGGAUGUGCAGCUACAGGCAAACCAGGUGAGGGAUGUGCAGCUACAGGCAAACCAGGUGAGGGAUGUGCAGCUACAGGCAAACCAGGUGAGGGAUGUGCAGCUACAGGCAAACCAGGUGAGGGAUGUGCAGCUACAGGCAAACCAGGUGAGGGAUGUGCAGCUACAGGCAAACCAGGUGAGGGAUGUGCAGCUACAGGCAAACCAGGUGAGGGAUGUGCAGCUACAGGCAAACCAGGUGAGGGAUGUGCAGCUACAGGCAAACCAGGUGAGGGAUGUGCAGCUGCAGGCAAACCAGGUGAGGGAUGUGCAGCUACAGGCAAACCAGGUGAGGGAUGUGCAGCUACAGGCAAACCAGGUGAGGGAUGUGCAGCUGCAGGCAAACCAGGUGAGGGAUGUGCAGCUACAGGCAAACCAGGUGAGGGAUGUGCAGCUACAGGCAAACCAGGUGAGGGAUGUGCAGCUGCAGGCAAACCAGGUGAGGGAUGUGCAGCUGCAGGCAAACCAGGUGAGGGAUGUGCAGCUGCAGGCAAACCAGGUGAGGGAUGUGCAGCUGCAGGCAAACCAGGUGAGGGAUGUGCAGCUGCAGGCAAACCAGGCAAACCAGGUGAGGGAUGUGCAGCUACAGGCAAACCAGGUGAGGGAUGUGCAGCUGCAGGCAAACCAGGUGAGGGAUGUGCAGCUACAGGCAAACCAGGUGAGGGAUGUGCAGCUGCAGGCAAACCAGGUGAGGGAUGUGCAGCUACAGGCAAACCAGGUGAGGGAUGUGCAGCUACAGGCAAACCAGGUGAGGGAUGUGCAGCUACAGGCAAACCAGGUGAGGGAUGUGCAGCUACAGGCAAACCAGGUGAGGGAUGUGCAGCUACAGGCAAACCAGGUGAGGGAUGUGCAGCUACAGGCAAACCAGGUGAGGGAUGUGCAGCUACAGGCAAACCAGGUGAGGGAUGUGCAGCUACAGGCAAACCAGGUGAGGGAUGUGCAGCUACAGGCAAACCAGGCAAACCAGGUGAGGGAUGUGCAGCUGCAGGCAAACCAGGUGAGGGAUGUGCAGCUACAGGCAAACCAGGUGAGGGAUGUGCAGCUGCAGGCAAACCAGGUGAGGGAUGUGCAGCUGCAGGCAAACCAGGUGAGGGAUGUGCAGCUGCAGGCAAACCAGGUGAGGGAUGUGCAGCUGCAGGCAAACCAGGUGAGGGAUGUGCAGCUGCAGGCAAACCAGGUGAGGGAUGUGCAGCUGCAGGCAAACCAGGCAAACCAGGUGAGGGAUGUGCAGCUACAGGCAAACCAGGUGAGGGAUGUGCAGCUGCAGGCAAACCAGGUGAGGGAUGUGCAGCUACAGGCAAACCAGGUGAGGGAUGUGCAGCUGCAGGCAAACCAGGUGAGGGAUGUGCAGCUACAGGCAAACCAGGUGAGGGAUGUGCAGCUACAGGCAAACCAGGUGAGGGAUGUGCAGCUACAGGCAAACCAGGUGAGGGAUGUGCAGCUACAGGCAAACCAGGUGAGGGAUGUGCAGCUACAGGCAAACCAGGUGAGGGAUGUGCAGCUACAGGCAAACCAGGUGAGGGAUGUGCAGCUACAGGCAAACCAGGUGAGGGAUUUGCAGCUACAGGCAAACCAGGUGAGGGAUGUGCAGCUACAGGCAAACCAGGUGAGGGAUGUGCAGCUACAGGCAAACCAGGUGAGGGAUGUGCAGCUACAGGCAAACCAGGUGAGGGAUGUGCAGCUGCAGGCAAACCAGGUGAGGGAUGUGCAGCUACAGGCAAACCAGGUGAGGGAUGUGCAGCUACAGGCAAACCAGGUGAGGGAUGUGCAGCUGCAGGCAAACCAGGUGAGGGAUGUGCAGCUACAGGCAAACCAGGUGAGGGAUGUGCAGCUACAGGCAAACCAGGUGAGGGAUGUGCAGCUACAGGCAAACCAGGUGAGGGAUGUGCAGCUACAGGCAAACCAGGUGAGGGAUGUGCAGCUGCAGGCAAACCAGGUGAGGGAUGUGCAGCUACAGGCAAACCAGGUGAGGGAUGUGCAGCUGCAGGCAAACCAGGUGAGGGAUGUGCAGCUACAGGCAAACCAGGUGAGGGAUGUGCAGCUGCAGGCAAACCAGGUGAGGGAUGUGCAGCUGCAGGCAAACCAGGUGAGGGAUGUGCAGCUACAGGCAAACCAGGUGAGGGAUGUGCAGCUGCAGGCAAACCAGGUGAGGGAUGUGCAGCUGCAGGCAAACCAGGUGAGGGAUGUGCAGCUGCAGGCAAACCAGGUGAGGGAUGUGCAGCUGCAGGCAAACCAGGUGAGGGAUGUGCAGCUGCAGGCAAACCAGGUGAGGGAUGUGCAGCUGCAGGCAAACCAGGUGAGGGAUGUGCAGCUACAGGCAAACCAGGUGAGGGAUGUGCAGCUACAGGCAAACCAGGUGAGGGAUGUGCAGCUACAGGCAAACCAGGUGAGGGAUGUGCAGCUACAGGCAAACCAGGUGAGGGAUGUGCAGCUACAGGCAAACCAGGUGAGGGAUGUGCAGCUACAGGCAAACCAGGUGAGGGAUGUGCAGCUGCAGGCAAACCAGGUGAGGGAUGUGCAGCUGCAGGCAAACCAGGUGAGGGAUGUGCAGCUGCAGGCAAACCAGGUGAGGGAUGUGCAGCUACAGGCAAACCAGGUGAGGGAUGUGCAGCUGCAGGCAAACCAGGUGAGGGAUGUGCAGCUACCAGCAGGCAAACCAGGUGAGGGAUGUGCAGCUGCAGGCAAACCAGGUGAGGGAUGUGCAGCUGCAGGCAAACCAGGUGAGGGAUGUGCAGCUACCAGCAGGCAAACCAGGACGGGAGAGAGCUCUUCAGCAGGCAUGGGCUCAGCACCGCCUGCACCUGCAGGCCAUCGGGUGGACUGCACGAGGGGGCGGGGCACAGGGGCAGGGGCAGGGGCAGGGGCAGGGGCAGGGGCAGGGGCAGGGGCAGGGGCAGGGGCAGGGGCAGGGGCAGGGGCAGGGGCAGGGGCAGGGGCAGGGGCAGGGGCAGGGGCAGGGGCAGGGGCAGGGGCAGGGGCAGGGGCAGGGGCAGGGGCAGGGGCAGGGGCAGGGGCAGGGGCAGGGGCAGGGGCAGGGGCAGGGGCAGGGGCAGCAGCAGCAGCAGGGGCAGGGGCAGGGGCAGGGGCAGGGGCAGGGGCAGGGGCAGGGGCAGGGGCAGGGGCAGGGGCAGGGGCAGGGGCAGGGGCAGGGGCAGGGGCAGGGAAUGCAAGAAAAGGAGCAAGGGGGCACAUCGGCAACGGAUGA